AUGGCUGCAGAAAAGAGCGAGAUCACGCCUGCUGGCCAGGGUCCUUUGGAUCAAAGCAAUAGCAGUGCUGCAAUUGACUCGGAGAGCAACCAAGAUGCCGUCUCAGCUCCGACAGAAGCUCUGCGCAAGCUCUGGACUAAGCUUCCGCUUACCUUGGCGUUCGUCGGGCUUUUCGUCAUGAACUUCAGCAUGGUCUUUGCGGCUUCUUCAGCUGGUGUUUAUGAUCCAUACGCGACGAGCCAUUUCCAAGGUCACUCGCUUAUUGCUACGGCAAAUAUCGUUCAUGGCAUUGUUCGCAUUGUCACGUAUCCGCUCGUGGCCAAGGUAGCGGAUCAUAUUGGACGACCGCAGGGAUUUGCUGGGGCCGCGAUUAGCAUGGCUCUGGCGAAUGUCCUUUAUGCGGCGUGCCGCAAUGUCGAGACAUAUCUUGCUGGUGGAAUUUUUGAAUCGUUUGGCGAUACCUGGUGGACCAUUACUGAGCAGAUCUUCAUUGCCGAGGUGACAUCCCUGAUCAACAGAGGCUUCCUCUUUACACUCCCGGAAUCACUGGCUGCCAUACCGACUUUAUACGCCGGUACAUAUCUCGGCGAGCAUAUGCUGCUCAAGUCCUCAUGGCGCUGGGGCUUUGGCAUGUGGGCUGCCAUCAUGCCAUUUUGUGCACUGCCGACUAUCGCAGUUAUGGUUUUUAUGAGUCUUAGAGCGCGAAAGAGGGGCAUAGCCAGCAAGCGAACCUCAUUGCGAGCUGCCUCCGAGAUACCGAAAGGUGCUUCUUGGAUCGUCCAAGCUCGACAAGUUCUCUAUGUCCAGUUGGAUAUUGUCGGAGCGUUCUUAUUACUUGCGGGCCUAGCCAUGACGCUUCUUCCCCUUUCCAUAACCGGAAGACGCAACACUGAGAAGUGGACCGAGCCAUCUUCUAUCGUCUUGUUGGUCGUUGGUGUCCUGACAUUUGUUGCAUUCUUGAUCUGGGAUGGCCGGUAUGCUAAGAAGCCAAUUGUGCCUUUCCGCAUGAUCAAGAACCGCAACGUCAUACUCGCUUGCGCUUCGGUAUGUUUGAUUGCAAUGUCGGACUCGACGUAUCGAACAUUUGCAUCUAGCUUCUUGCAGGUUGCUGGUGGCUAUUCCCCCGGCCAUGCCGUUCGUAUUGACAAUUCCCGACGUGUCGCUUUGAACCUUGGUGGUCUUGUCAUUGGCUUGGCUAUUCGAUUCGUCAAGCACACUAAACCAUUCAUCAUCCUCGGAUUCCUGAUGGUCGCUUUAGCCAACGGGCUUCCCAUCUUUUUCACAAAUAUCGACGGACUUCGAGUCGCAAAUGAAGCUUCAUUGACCACGGGACAGGUGCUGCUUGGCCUUGGCCGUGGUUUCGCACAGGUUCCACUGCAGGUCUCUUUGCAGGCCGCUGUUCCAGACCAUGAGAUUGGUAUUGCAACUGCCAUGUUCCUUUCGUCCUCUGGUUUCGGUGCCAAUGUUGGAGCCUUAUGGAAUACUUUGCUUCCCCGCCGCCUCUCGGCAAAUCUACCCGAAGAAGUCAAGGCCAACAGCACUGCAAUCUUUCGCUCCAUCGUCGUUGCACAGAGCUAUGAGUUGGGCACUGAGAUUCGUGAUGCGAUUAAUCUGAGUUAUCGCAUGACACAACAGACCCUCGCUAUUGGAUCUCUAUCCCUAUCUAUUCCGCUACUUUUGAUGAUGUUCUUCUUCCGAAAUGUCAAGUUGGCCAAGGAGGAUGAUGUGAGGAACGAGGUUGCCGAACAACAACUUGCUGCGGCAGGGCAGAAACUUGAGAGUGGGCAGAGUCAGCCAGGAGAAAAGAAGUAA